GCAUCAGUGCAAAGUCUAAGUUGGUUACUGUGCAUUAUUGCUAUGUUACUUCCUGAUGGAACUUUAUCAUAAUUUCUUGUGUAAAUAGCAAGACAUUUACCGUACGUGUUUAUUGUCCGCUGGUCUGUUCAGUCACUGUAUCGAUGCACGAAGAAGCCUGACAAACCCGUUCUGACAAAUACGUUAAUAUAGACUAUUUCAAAAAUUCACUCCAUACUGUUUAGGCGAUAAAUCACUUGAAAGCUAUAUAAUGCCAGAGUGUGAGAUAGUCAACAUUUCUAGCAAAGAACCUUCAGAUGCAGGAGAGAUUACUCUCCAGGUAUUACGAUAUCUCGUGACUGUCUUGGGUGUUACAGCUAACUUCUUUGUGAUUUUAGUGUUUUUCAUAAGCAAAAUAUACCACAAAAACUUGACAUACCUUUUAAUAUUACAGCAAUCGUUUAUAGAUUUACUUGGCUGUUGCUUUUUUCUGGGUUUCUACAACUACGCACCCCCGACGGGUCAAGGUGGAAUUGUGUUUUGCAAGUGUCGAAUUUUUUUCUGGUUUUUUUCGUCUGCCUCGACUUACAAUCUUGUGUUUAUUGCUACUGAAAGAUAUGUAGCUGUAGUUCAACCGUUGGUGUUCCGAGCCAGGAUGAACUCAAAGAAAACCUUAUUGCCGUUGUUGUGCUUACCGUAUAUUGUAGCUGUCGUUGUUGUCUUUCAAUUAGCGAUCAUUACCAAGUAUCAGGCUGGUAAAUGCAGGUACUGUUACAAGACAACUGUACUACAUUUCUUUUCUGGUUUGUACAUAUUUUUAACUAACUGGUUAAUUCCAGUGAGUAUCCUGACAUUUUGUUAUAGACGCGUUUACCUGACACUCAGAGAAAGAGACAAAUCAAGAUAUAGGAGUAAUACACCCCAAAGAAGUGAACACUACUGCGUUACGACAAGUACAAAUGAACUAUGUAACGCACCCGACCCCAAGAGCGCAGGAGAUGAUAGAUAUUAUAAAGAACAACAAGAUAUAUUGAUAACGAUGUCGAUUAUUGCCAUAGUAUUUAUCGUGACAAUAACUCCAGAUUUAUUGCUUUAUCUUGUCUAUGCCAUUUGUUCAUGUUUUAACUUUGACACCGAUCCCAUCCACGAGGUUACUGUUAUGCUCGUAGCAUCGAGCAUGUGUAUAAAUCCGUUUGUAUAUGCAUUUAAAUUCGAAUCUUUUAAAGAUGUAGUCAAAAAAGCGUAUCGGCAAGCUUUUAAAUGAACUGAAAUCACAUUCAGUAUAUCGCAA